AUGGAACAAGAAAAUCAGAUAAAAGAAGUACAAGUAAAUGUUGAACCAGGCAAGGAUGCCAUGACCUUAGUUUUUGGCAAGGAAAAGGCCGGAUUUUUAAAGGGUGUCGCUAUAGGAGUUACUUACAACAGAUAUUUCAAUGUUCCUCGCAAUAAAGGAUCAUCUAAGGAAGAAAUCAAAGAUCUUAAAGUUGCACUGCAUAAUGGAAAACUUGAGCUUGAGAAAAAAGAUGCUGAACUCAAGGCUUUGUCUACAAAGGUUAAUGAACAAGAUCAAACACUAAAGCUAGUUUUGGCUCAUCUUAAUGCAAAAGGAGCUGACUUUCCAAAUUUAUCUCAUACAGUUGGUAUUUCAAGUGAGAAGAUCAUUGAAAGUAGUGAAACGACUCCUAUUAGUCUCAAAACCAAGGAACCAUCAGAACCUAUAACACCAGUACCAGAAAUUAUAUCACAUCAAGAACAUCAACAUCAAAACUCAAAGAAAAGGAAACCAACUUACAUAUCAUCUGAUGCCCUUCUCAAGAAGACAAGGAGCAAUAUAAACACGAAGAAUGCCUAG